UUAGAUGGCGCUACUUAUUCUAAUUUCUUACAGUAUCAUGUAUGUGGUUAUGUAUGCUAAAUGAAUUAAUAUUUAGUUUUGUAUUGAUAAUUAUUAUUCUGUUUGUAAGACAAUGAUUGUGAUUUAUUAAUAAUAAUAAUAAAUAAUGUUUAAUUUUAUAAAAAUCAAUUUAAAUUUGAUUUGGAUCAGCUGUUAGAGAGAGCACAAACCUAGCUUAACCUAAUGUCAAUUUGCAACGACGUCAACCGCAUGGUGAUGUGCGUUAGGUUAGUCGCGCGUGAACCGCAUGGCAUAUUUUAAACCGGAUGAUUUUGUAAGAUAUUUAUUUUGGUAAAUUAUAUGAUAUGAUUAAUCACGCGUAUUAAACCAAAUUAAAAGACGUCAAUUGUCACCUAUAAUAACAUGGAUGCUGAGAAUACGACGAAAAUAGAACUUAGACAAUCGAAGAAACGAAAAGGUGAAAAGCAAAAAGCCAAUGAUGCUGAUACCAACAACCAUUAUAAAAAGAAUAAGAUCUUCCAGGAAAGUAUUAUACAAGAGAAACAAACAGGAAAGAAGAAAACAAAAUUUAUUGCACAGAGAAUUGAAGAUUCAGGAAUUGGAGAUUCAAUGGAAAAAGUCAGUGAUACAACUAUUAGUAAAGAUAUCUUGAAAGAAGAUAUUGAUGAGAAUACAAAAACUUCGAAAAAACCAUCUAAGAGACAAUUAAAGAGAGAAAAGGCUCUACAAAGAGAAGCUCAAAAAAGACACGCCAGUAGAAUAAGUGCCAUGCAGAGGGCAUUGAGUUAUGUAUCUAAGUGGAAACAUUCCAGGAGUGAAUGGAAAUUCGAAAAGAUUAGACAAAUUUGGCUGAUAGAUAAUUUACUGGAUGAAAACUCUAUUUCUGAUACAAUUUUCCCUGUUGUUUUGGAAUACUUUGAAGGUUGUAAAGGAAUGGCACGGGAAAUAUUAUUAAGAAAGGGAAUGGAUAUUAUAAGAAAGGCAGAAGAGGACGAGGACGAAGAGAGCAGGAAUGGAAUUAUGGAAUCAGUCGCUUAUAAAAGAGCAAGGCAGCUUCUACAAGCUUUACCGACCGAUAGAUAGUUUUAAAUUUCAAAAAUUUUUUAUUGACCGUAAAGCGUUGAAAAAUAGCACUUAAAAUUCUUUGUGCGUCAAUUCUGAAAGUGAUGGUAUAUGACAAAAUUUCUUUAUCUCAAAAUGCAAUGUGAGAAAAAAAAUGAUAGUGUUUGAACUGGAGUGUAAAGUUAAACUUAAUUAUGUUAAAAGCAGGAAACUUCCAACAUUUUUAAAAAUUUGUAUAAUAUUGAGAGAAGAAAUAGACAAUGGCUGCAUUUGCUUUGGGCGCUUAUGCGCUGUAAGCGCAUUCUAUCUUCUUCCCGCAUGUAAUGAGCGAUAGAGAUAGAAUGACGCUUACAGCGCGUAAGCGCUCAAAGCGAACGCAGCCAAUAUACUCUGUAUACCUAAAUAUAUUGAAUAUUAUUCGAUAUAACAGUUGUUGUAUUAUGUGCGAUGUUAUGUAUAUAUGCAUAUGAACGCGGUUUUUUCACAUUACUGUGAUAAAUAAAUGAAUACAGAAUAAAUUGUUUGUACAGAUAUAUUGCCUUUCCUUGGAAAGAAAUAACAAUUUUGCCACUUUACAAAUGUUUGGGAAUUUCCAGCUUGAAUUAAUAUCUGACACAUCUCGAAACAUUUGAUGUUAAAUUAAUAGUAUAAUUUUAUUCAAUAAUUUAAAUUUAUGAAAUAAAGAUGUUUACAUUUAAAAUACAAACCAUGCCAUCAUUUUAACCAAAAUUUAUUAAAUCUAGUGAUGUAAGCGCGCGCGCGCGCACGUGUAUUGAUUGUCAAACAAAUCAGUCUGCAUGAUAUGUUGAAAUACAAUUACUUUGUAAUCAAGAAAUUUGCUAUAAAUAUAUUUGAAAUAUUUUUUUAAAUGCCACACACACACACGUGUGUGUACAUAUAUACAUGCAUGUAUUAUAUAUAUAUAUAUAUAAAUAUAUAUAUAUAUAUGUAUAUAUAUAUAUAUAUAUAUAUAUAUUAUAUAUAUAUAUAUUAUAUAUAUAUAUUAUAUAUAUAUAUAUGUGUGUGUGUGUGUGUGUAUAUUUAUUUUUAUUAUAGAAAUUUUUCAAUACAAGUAAAAUAAAUUGCUUCUUUAACACACUACAAUCGUUACAAACAAUUUAUGUAACAACUUUUAGCUAUAUUAUUCUGCAUACUUGUUAACAAACUGUCUAAGUUUGUCGGUAUCUUGAAGACCGACAAUUCUCUCUAAAACUUUUCCAUCUUUCAUAGCAAUGAGUACAGGUACAGAUCCAACCUGAAAAAUAAUAUAAUUAAAUAUAUAAAAUUUUUUUCUACUUUGCAUUAUAUUUUAAGGCUCUUAGAUAUUAGGCUCUUAGUUGUUGAGAUUAUUUUGAUUUAUGAUGUCAGAAGCAAGGAAAUGUAUACCCAAAAUUCCUGCAAAGUAUAUCGUAAUAAAAAAAUGUACUCAAAAAGA